AUGAGCAGCCCAGGAGGCGAGGCUCGUCCAAUGGCAGCGGAGCCGGGGGCGGGCCUUGCGUCCCCGCGGGGCGGAGCUACGGGGGCCGAGCCGGCGCGAGUGGCGGGGAUGUGCCUGCUGCUCGGGGCCGCCGGCGUGGGCAAGUCGCUGCUGGUGAAGCGGCUGCAGACUAUCCUUCCGGCCGGGCGAGGGCCCCGGGGCGGCGGGGGCGCCUGGGGGUGGGCGCGGUUUGGGGGGCACCUGGGGUGGGCGACGCGGGACUCUCCGGAGGCGGUCGGGGUCGGGGUCGCCCUGGGGGCUGGAGAGGGAGCCCGGGGGUCGGGGCGGCCUGGGCGGAGUCCGCCUCCGCUGCCCGCUGCCCCGCUGCCCGCUGUGGUCCUUGACCGCCUCGCACAGCUGAGCUCUCAGGAUGGGAAGGGCGACCUGGGCGAUCCUCCUCCGACGCGACCCACGGUGGGCACCAACCUCACGGACAUCGUGGCCCACAGGAAGAUCACCAUCCGGGAGCUGGGCGGGUGCAUGGGCCCCAUCUGGCCCAGUUACUAUGGAGACUGCCGUGCCCUCCUGUUCAUGGUGGAUGCCUCCAACCCCACCCAGCUCUCGGCGUCCUGCACGCAGCUCCUGGGCCUCCUCUCCGCAGAGCCGCUCGCAGACGCACAGGUCCUGAUCCUCUUCAAUAAAACUGACCUGUCCUGUUACAUGACCGUGGAGGAGAUGAAGUCGUUAAUCAGGCUCCCAGACAUCAUUGCGUGUGCCACGCAGACCAUCACCGUGGCAGACGUCAGUGCCCGGACGGGCACGGGCUUGGCCACGGUGCUGCAGUGGCUCCAGGACACGCACGGAGCCGGCCGGUGA